CGGCCUCGUUUCGGAAUUCUGGAUCCACAGACGGACCCAAUUCACCCCCUUUCGACACAGCCAGGUCGAAAAGGAACGAAGAAAGACGCAACUUUGAGCAGACAAGGGCGUUUAGCAGAUGUGAGGAGAAAAAGAGAGGUUAUACAGACGUUUAAAAGUCCUUCGAUGAAAUCUAAUAUGUCGCUGGAGAUCACUGAGGACAGCGAGGUUGUUAAGCCAUUACCCCCGCCAUUGUCGGACUCCAUGGAAAUCUCAGCCGGUGUGAUUGUUCGAGAAGGCGACAUUGUGCGUAAAGGUCCCAAAACGAUCCCAGCUGGUCGUCAAAAAUCCCCGACAGACAUUCUCAAUCUACAGCCUGUUGGAUCGCUGGCAAAAAGACAGACUAUCUCAGUGUCUGACGUCAUAGGUAACACGUCACCAGUAAUCAGGCAGAUGCGCAUACACGAACCCAUUCCCCCGAUCGCGCACCGCGGGUAAAAACAUGGCGAAUGCUGUGUAUAUAUUGGAUGAUAGAUUUUGUCAUAGAUAAGCCUUGCAUGUGCGCGUUUUUUGAGGAUUUUUCUGUUUGCGGUUUAAUCAAUACGUUGUUAAAGAUCUCAGAUAACUGUUUGGAUGCAUUAAAUUGUAAAUUGAAGUAUAAAAAACAAACAAAAUGGUUCAUAAAUAUGUUAUUAUGACAUUAUGUCUAAAAAACUAAAACGUUGAA